AUGGUUUCAACGUCUCACAAGAACACAAUCAAAUGGUCCUCUUUGUUGAUGCUUUUAUUUGGUUUUUUUGCCGAUCAUGUAUCAGCUAACAAGGAAGGUUAUUACGGGAAAUUUAUUGGAAAAUUAUCCCAACUUCAUCAUGGCGUGUCUGGAGACGUGUUUGCUGUAGACGCCAGAACUUUGCAUCUGAGAAAUUUUAAUUACGAUGGAGAGGGACCAGCUGCUUAUUUUUACGUUGGAAAUGGUAAAGUACCCGGUGUUAAUGGUAUUAGACUUCGAGACGAAAGAGGAACUACAAACGUUUUACCCAAAUACAGAAACAAACACAUAACGAUCACUCUGCCAGAAGGCAAAAAUUUACAAAAUAUAAACUGGUUUUCUGUUUGGUGUGACGAAUUUUCCGUUAAUUUUGGAGAUGUUAAAAUAUCUAGAAGUUUAGAUUUUCCAAAACCUCAAAAAAUUUCCGGAUUAAACGGAGUUCACGGAGUAUCUUCCGAACCGAUUGUCAUCGUCGAUGCUCAAACUUUACUUAUUCCAAAUUUCUCUUAUGAUGGCGAAGCUCCAGAUGCUAAAUUUUGGGUCGGACCCGGUUUAAAACCCACCCCGCAGGGUAUCAGAAUCCCCGAUGAAAAUGGUAAAGAAGUUCCAUUGAGACGUUACGACAGAAAGACAAUUGUAUUAACAUUGCCUGGUGAUUUGACCAUAUUUGACAUCGGACAUUUUGGAGUUUGGUGUGAAGCCUUCACCGUCGAUUUUGGUCACGUACAAAUACCAAAAGGACUCAACAUACCUCCAAGUUUAAAAAUGCUCGGUGUUUCUCCUCAGUCAAAAUUGAAUUGUGAAGUUUUGUGGGAUGAUUUCGCAUAUGAAGUUCGUUGGGCAGUUGCAGGUGACAGCAUCGUUUUGCAAUUGGUCGCUAAAUUGGAAAACGACGAAUACAUGUCUUUCGGAUUAUCCGGGGAUGAUAGAAAAAGUCAAAUGGUAGGAGGAGACGUGGUUGUCGCUUGGGUCGAUAAAAACAGUUUAAAAGGCUACGCUGAAGAUUAUUAUUUAGAUGCUAAAAGCCAAUGCUCAGGUGGCAGAGGAAGUUGUCCUGAUGAAAAUCUAGCUGAAGGUACAGGUAGCGUCAGAUUAUUAAACGCAGCUUUGGUUAACGGAUAUUCUAUUGUUACAUUUCAAAGACCUCUCAAAGCACAAGAUGAAUUCGACAAAAAUUAUUUGACUAAUACAUCUCAGUCUGUAAUUUGGGCCAUCGGACCUUUGAAUUCUCGAAAUGAAGUUUCUUACCACAGUUUGACAAAUAGAGGUGAUAUCUUUAUCGAAUUCGGUAGAGCUCCUAAAUGGAAUUGUCCCACUCCUGAAUCUCCUUCCGAUCAAACUGGAUCAGAAAAUGAACGCGAAUAUAUCAGCGAACUCAAAGAAACUAAAGUUGAAGAAGUAACUAAACCGGAAUCAAAUUUACGGGAAAGUAAUACAAAAAAAGUUAUUCCCACUCCAGCACCGGCUCCAAAAUCUGAAGCUUGGGAAAUACCCCCAAUUAAGUGCCAUGAACCAGAAGAUGGAGUAUUUUACGCUCAAAUGGGACCUACCGGAGGAAAACAUGGAUAUUCUGCAAUAACAGGACACGUUGGAUGGGGUAUUUCAUGGUACAUCAAUGGUUUACUUAUACCGGAAAUAAAUGUCGUUCGAGGACGAACCUACACUUUUAUUGUAGAAGGAGGACUAGAUCCGGAAACUCCAGCUAGAUAUCAUCCAUUUUAUAUUACCGAUGAUCCCGUUGGUGGUUAUCAAUAUAAAACUCCAGAAGAGAGAAUCAACAUUCAAAUAUUCGCGGGAGCAGUUCAAAAUAAACGAGGAGAAGUAAGACCGACGGGAGUCGGAAGGCUUUGCAACUGGACACCGGAUCCUAAUCAGCCUCCAGCUGAUGAAUUUCAUUCUUUUGGAGCAUAUCAAAGAACAUUAAGACUCGAAUGUGAUGCCGGAAACCCUGGAAUUAUUCAAUGGACCGUUGAUAAAGAUACUCCAGACACUGUUUAUUAUCAGGUUCCUGGUUUGUCUUUGUACAGCAUCAAUGAUAAGCCUGUCGAAGACGUAGUUGUUCAGCAGAGUUUUCCGUCUUAUCAAUAUUUGAAAACAACAGAUAUUCAUUCGAAAAAUAAUUUAUUACAAGAAGUUAAUAUAAAAGAAAAAAAUUAUGCUUUGAAAUCUUUGCCAGUAAAUAAAUCCAGAUUAAGGGAAAAAUAUGAAAGCCAACGUGGUAUUCGACAGAAUUCAGAAGUUAAUUUAGUACCAAAUGUAAAAAAAAGAAAUUAUGAAUUUCAAAAAAAUUUACUGGCAGUAAAUAAACAUUCCGGUGGUUUAGAUGGAUUUUCCAAUAAAUAUAUAUUUCAAGCAAUGGCCGACGAAAAAAAAGAAUUUUAUUAUCCCCUUAAAAUGGAUAAAUUUUUAUCUUAUGAUGGAAAAAUUGUUAAAGCGGAACCAGCACCGAUUUUUCCAAAUUUUAAAAUGGGAGCCGACGUUUCUAAACUUCCUCAGUUUGCACCUUAUAAGGGUACAAUUCCUCCCUUAGACGAAACGAUAAACGCUAAGCAUUUACCCCAGUUAAAUAGUGCCAAAUUAGCCAGGCAAGAUAUAUUGCCACCAGAUAUUCCUCCAAGAGAUAAAUCCAAAAAUGAUAAAAAAUGA